GUGCGCUGAGCUGAGUGAGUCCUGAGUGGGUUGAGGCAAAAUGCGUGCGAUAACCAACUGUUCCUUCCUUAUCCAUUACCGCCACCCCUCCGCCGCCGCCGCCUUCCUCCGCUCUCUUCGCCACCCUCUGCCCCUGGACGCUCCAUCUUUUUUCAAAGUCAAAGCUCUCUCCACUUCCGCCUCCUACUCUGAACUAGAUAAUGCCCGAACCGGUCGAUCCAGCUCUCUCACCUCCCAUCCGCCUUCUUCUGAUUUCACGCAGAAAAUCGACGUUAAUCCGCCCAAGGGAACUCGAGAUUUCCCUCCUGAAGAAAUGCGGAUGCGCACUUGGCUGUUUCAGAAUUUCAGGGAGGUAUCGCAGUUAUUCGGUUUUGAAGAGGUUGAUUUUCCCGUGCUCGAGUCGGAGGCACUGUUUGUGAGAAAAGCUGGGGAGGAAAUCAAGGACCAGCUUUAUUGCUUUGAGGAUCGGGGCAAUCGUAGAGUAGCUUUAAGACCAGAACUCACUCCUUCUCUAGCGAGACUAGUGCUACAGAAAGGAAAAUCAGUAUCCCUUCCGCUAAAAUGGUUUGCCAUUGGACAGUGCUGGCGAUAUGAGCGAAUGACCAGGGGACGCCGUCGUGAGCAUUACCAAUGGAACAUGGAUAUUAUUGGUGUACCUAAUGUUACAGCUGAGGCAGAGCUGAUUUCUUCCAUUGUUACCUUUUUCAAACGCAUUGGAAUUACAGCAUCAGAUGUUGGGUUUAAAGUUUCAAGUCGGAAGGUUUUGCAAGAAGUGCUCCAACGCUACUCAGUACCAGAUAGCUUAUUUGGUAGGGUUUGUGUAACAAUAGACAAGUUGGAGAAGAUUCCCAUUGAUGACAUCAAGAAUGAGCUCAGGGCUGCCGAGUUAUCAGAGCAGGCGGUUGAAGAGCUACUACAAAUCCUUACAGUGAAAUCCUUGGAAGAGUUGGAAGAGAAACUAGGCACUUCAUUUGAUACUCUUACUGAGUUAAAGCAACUAUUCUCACUUGCUGAAAAGUACGGUUAUUCCGAGUGGAUCCAAUUUGAUGCAUCAAUUGUCCGUGGCCUAGCCUACUACACUGGAAUUGUUUUUGAGGGAUUUGAUCGAGAAGGAAAGCUGAGAGCUAUUUGUGGCGGUGGACGAUAUGACAGACUACUGUCCACUUUUGGAGGUGAAGAUGUCCCAGCCUGUGGGUUUGGAUUUGGGGAUGCAGUUAUUAUAGAACUGCUAAAAGAUAGAGGACUUCUUCCAGAACUUAGCCCCCAGGUACAGAAUGUUGUCUGCUCGUUGGGUCAGGAUCUACAGGGCGCAGCUUCUCUUGUUGCUGCUAGACUCAGGGAAAAGGGCCAAACUGUCGACUUGGUUUUAGAGAACAAACCACUUAAAUGGGCGUUUAAAAGAGCAGCAAGAGUGAAUGCCCAGAGACUAAUAAUAGUGGGGAGUUCUGAGUGGGAAAAAGGCAUGGUUGGUGUCAAAGUUCUUUCAUCUGGUGAACAGUAUGAGAUCAGAAUUGAUGAACUAGAAUGACAGUUGUAGAUUUUAAUAUAUAUUUUCUGGAAAUAGGUUUAACAUCAUUAUUACUACUCAUUUUUCUUUUCCUUUUUUAAUGCUAAUACUUUUAGUGGCCUAUUCAGUAAUAGCCAUUACGGUUCACCUUUUUUCAA